AUGGCGCCCUACAAGCAAAACCGAACCCAAGAGACCUCAAGUCCGGACAAAGACUGGGUCAUGGGGACUGUCGAUCACGAUGAGGACGAUGAUCUAACAACGAUCAAGACAGAUGAAGAGAAAGCUUCCCUGAUCAAUCCGCCUUCAGAAACUUACGAGACUCCUCAGAAGAGCUCGCGGCUACCAGUCUAUUUUUUUCUUUUCGCUUUAAUCUACCUAGUUCUUUCAACUGCAUUCUACAUCUACACCAGAAUAAAGAAGCCUUCGGAUCAAGCAUGUCUCCAAAGGAUGUGGUCAGAGAGCGAGUAUAUCCGUAGUCCGAUGAUGGAAGCUGCCUCCUUUGAAUGGACGCAGUAUGAUUCAGACAUCGUAGUACCCGAGUUCUAUGGUACAGUAACACCCAAAAGUAGAAAGGCAUGGGUAGAGAUCUGGGAUCAAGGAAGUGUUUCAUUUCCGAAAGAACACCUUGAGAGACUGAACAAGACAUGGGAUCAAAGAAACUGGUGGACGUUACCAGCACCGCUUGAAGGCGACCUUCUCGCUUUCCCCGAACGUGAGUUUUCGACCUGUGCUUCCCGAUAUGCGACUACAUAUUCGUAUAACUUCCUUCUCCUAACUCCCAUCUCAGGAUCGCAUCAGCUCCACUGCUUGUCCUUCCUCUACCUCUUCGCCUAUCGUGAUACGUGGGACUUUGAAGGCAUCUCCAAGAUGAGCCCCUUCGAAUUCAAAUUUCAUGUCCGCCACUGCUCUCUGGUAUUAUUUAGGAUAAUCAAGUGCAGAGGCGAUGUCAGUCCGGUGCUUUUCCAAAAGGAUGAUUCUGGACUGGGCGAGUGGAAGACGAAGAACGUGCCACACAAGUGUAAGAAUAUCGAUAGGUUAAAAGAGUGGCAGUUAGAACACAGGGUCUGUGGAACGAAUUGCGCGAGAGGUGAUGAAUUCAAGCCGUGGACUGGAUAUCAUGUUAGCGGCGAGCGCUGA